UUUCGUAAUUUUGUCACUGUGUUUAUGUUAUUGAUUGAUUCAGCUGGCUGUUUUACCGUGUUUUCUUCGAAAUGACGGAGCUUUUACUAGACUCGCAAAUUAGAGUCUGGGUCUUUUUACCCAUCGUUGUUAUCACGUUCCUCUCCGGAAUCCUCAGACACUAUGUGGCCGUACUUUUGGCCUCGCAGAAGAAGGUUGAACUGCAGCAAGUGCAGGACAGUCAAGCUAUGAUUAGAGCCCGAUUGCUGAGAGAAAAUGGAAAAUUCCUCCCGAAGCAGUCGUUCCUUAUGCGAAGGCACUUCUUCAAUGACGAGAACACAGGGUACUUCAAGACGCAGAAAAGGCCUCCAGCAGCCACCAAUCCCAUGACGGAUCCAAGCGUGAUGACUGAAAUGCUGAAGGGUAAUGUGACCAAUGUGUUGCCGAUGAUCGUGAUCGGCGGCUGGAUCAACUGGGUCUUUUCAGGAUUCGUAACCACCAAAGUGCCGUUCCCGCUGACUCUGCGGUUCAAACCCAUGCUGCAGCGGGGCAUCGAGCUCCUCUCCCUUGACGCCGCCUGGGUGUCCUCCGCCUCUUGGUACUUCCUCAACGUCUUUGGCCUCCGUAGCAUCUACACGCUGGUGCUAGGCGAAAACAAUGCUGCUGACCAGGCCAAGCACAUGCAGGACCAAAUGUCGGGUGCUGCCAUGGCCAUGCCGCCUGACCCAAAGGCCGCUUUCAAGGCUGAGUGGGAAGCCCUCGAGAUCUGUGAGCACCAGUGGGCGCUGGCGAACGCCGAAAACGAACUCAUGGGACUAGUCGCAUCUGAAGCCCAGGACUAAAUCGCCGUUUUCGCCGCUGAUGAUUCCAAAAAUGCUAACUUUUUGUUCUGUUUGAUUUCAUAAUUUAUUGUUAUAAUUUUCACGAGUUGUCACACCCAAAAUAAACGUCAGGUUAAUAUCAGAUAA